AUGGAAGAAGAUUUCGCCCCUUCCGGACGUACAGUUGACAUUGAGCUCGGUGGCCAGGAAGUCAUAACCAUCGACCUCGAUAACCUCGACCCCGACCCUCAAGAUGUUUUGGAUCUCCUCAAAGAAGGCGAGUGUAAAGUAUGGGUCUGGACGAAAUUAGCGAGGGAAUAUUGGGACAAAGGACAUUUAGAAGCUGCGGAGAAAAUUGCGGAGGCUGGAAUGGAUUCUUUCUCUCGGAUCGGAAAUGAUGAUUCUCUACCCCCUCUCUUAAAAUUCAAAGCCAAUCUCAAGCUAGCGUGCGCACGACAAGCACCGAAAAUUUGUCUCCCUAAUGCCCAGGAGGACAUUCUACCACCCGAUCAAAAGACAAAAGAGCAGUACUUCCAUGAAGCAACAGCUCUUAUGAAUCGUGGGAUAGGCAUGUCACAGUCCGAGGCACCUGUGGACGGACAAUUAGCGUUCUUAACUCGAGGCAUUCUUCAACUCGACACGCGUUCCUUCGACGAAGCCAUGCGUUCAUUUGAGCAGGUACUCGGUGAUAAACCGACGAAUAUUGUAGCCUUGUUUGGCAAGGCUCGGAUUCUUUAUGCGCGAAGAAACUACCCCCAGGCUCUCCAGACUUUCCAACUCAUCCUUCGCUACAACCCUAAUUGCCAACCGGACCCUAGGAUCGGGAUUGGACUAUGUUUUUGGGCUAUGGAUAAUCACGCACGAGCGAAGGUUGCUUGGCAGCGAAGUCUGGAGGUGAAUCCCUCAGAAUGGGCAGCCCAAUUACUUCUUGGACUUGAAUCCAUCAAUGCUAGCAAAGAAGUCUCUCAUUCAGAUUCCCAACGAACUCAGGCCUACGUUACUGGCACAAAACUUGUUGAAAGUGCCUUUAAAUUAAAUCAGAAGAACGCGUCGGCUGCAAAUGCUCUUUGUGAAUUAUUCAUCCAGAAAGGAAAUCACAAGCGAGCGAUGAAGCUCGCGGAACGGACGAUUCAGUUUGCUGAUACCUUAACAGUUCUUACCGAAGGACACAUUCGGUCUGCUCGGAUAUGCCACGCCGAAGGAAACACUGCGCUCGCGAUGAAACAAUAUACGCUUGCCACUGAAAAUCAGCCGAAGCAUCCUAUUGCUGCUAUUGGACUCGCCCAGAUGCGGAUGAAAAACGAUGAAAUGGCGGGAGCCAUCCACACCCUCGAUACCCUCCUCCAACCGCCCAACCCACAAAAGUGCAACGAAGCUACCGUCAUGCUCGCUUCUCUCAGGGCUUUCCCAAGACCGGGUGUAUCCAGUUCUGAUAUCGACAAGGAACGUUCAAAAGCCCGAGAAUUAUUCGAACGAAUAUGGAAAGGCCUGGAAAUUGACGAUGUGAAGGCCAACAGUCAUGCAUCACAUGGUACAGCGAAGCUUUCACGGGCUAUUGUGGAUGACAUGGCGAUGUACAUCGAGAUUGCCAAGCUAUGGCAAACGGAGAGUCUUGACCGGACCACAAAAGCGUUGAAGGAGGCGCUGCGAAUUAGUGAGUCGUCGGGCUCAGUUGAGCCCAGAAUCUUGAAUAACCUCGGGGCAUUGAAUCACUUGGAGGAGAAGUGUGCCGAGGCAAGGACGAUGUAUGAGAAGGCUUUAACGACGUUGUCGAGUAUGGCGUCGGAUGUGGAGAGCAUGUCGACAUCGAUUCUGUAUAAUCUGGCCAGAGUUUACGAGGACCAAGGCGAUGAUGCAUUAGCGAAAGAAGCGUAUGACAAACUCUUGUCGAGGCAUCCAGAGUAUAACGAUGCGAAAAUCAGACAAGCCAAAUUGCUUACCAAUCUCAACCGCAAUAAUGAUGCCCACGAACUGCUCAAACAAGCCCUGACAGCGCAAAGUAACAACCUUAACCUCCGCGCCUUCUAUACUUAUUUCCUCAUCCAAAGUAACCUCCCAAAACUCGCGAAAGACUUUGUCUUCGCUACGCUCAAGGAGUACGAUCGACACGACGUGUAUGCACUGUGUGCUUCCGGGUGGAUAAUGUAUCACCAGUCCCGUGAAAGCCGUGAUACGAGUUCCAAGGGAAUUGAGGAACGAAAACGAGGUUUCCAACGUUCGGCUGAUUUCUAUGAUAAAGCAUUACAGUUGGAUCCUUGCUGUGCGUUUGCUGCCCAAGGGCUUGCAAUUGCCACGGCGGAAGAUGCGUUGGGAUCACUUAGUGGGAGUGGGCCACCGUCUGCAGAUGAACCACAGAGGCGGAUGAAUAAUGCACGGGAAGCGUUGGAUGUUUUUGCGAAAGCUAGGGAGUCGUUGAAUGACGGAAGUGUCUAUCUGAAUAUGGGCCAUUGUUAUUAUGCUCGAGAUGAGUUCGACCGGGCUAUUGAGAGUUAUGAAACGGCAUCUGUCCGGUUUUACAGGGGGCAGAAUGUACCCGUUCUGCUUUGUUUAUGUCGGUCGUGGUAUGCGAAGGCCAUGAAGGAUCAGUCGCAUCCUGCUAUAUGUACAGCUCUGCAGUACGCGCAAAAGGCACUACAUUUCCAACCCAACGAUAAGGCGAUAUUGUACAACAUUGCUAUGAUUCAGCAGAAAUCGGCUGAGAUGUUGUUCUCGUUGAAACCUGAGAAACGUAAGCUGGAUGAUCUCCAAAGGGUCAUUGAACAGGCUACGCAGGCUCAAAAGCUUUUCGCAUCACUCGCCUCUGAUCCUGCUCCCGUUGUCCCAUACAGUCGAGAUAUCGCUGACAACAGACGGAAAUACGGCGACAACAUGUUGAAAAAGGGUGACGAUCAACUGGCGUCGCAAAGACAGUUCGAGCAGGAGGCACAGGCCCGUUUGAAUGCUGCGAGAGCAAAAAGGCAAGAAGGGAGGGAGAGGCAGGAAACAUUGGAGCGUGAACGUUUGGAAGCUCUUCGUCAAGAAGCGGAGAAACUCGCAGAGGAACGUAGACAUGCCCGAGAACAAGCGCUUGAAUGGACGCGAGAGGUUCGUAUGGACAGCGAUGACGAGAAGGAGAAGAAGCCCAAGAAGUCGCGCAGACCGAAAGUCGAUUCUACAACCGUUAGCGGUGAUGAAGGCGAAGGGCCUAAGAAGAAACGGAGAGGAAAACUUAAGAAAGCGGGUGGUGAUCAGGGCGAUGGUGAGGAGGCCGCAAUAUUUUCUGACGACGAGGAUACAGACAAACCCACGAAGAGGCGGACAACAAAGAAACGAACAAUUAGAGACGAGGAUGAGGAGGAAGCUUCGGCGCCGUCGCGGAAGAAGCAGUACAAAAGCAAGGAAGUUCUUUCCGAUACCGAUGAUGAAGAUAUGGACGGAUAG